AUGUUUAAAUUAAUACCACUUUUUAUUUGCUUCAAUUCUGCUUUCGGUUACUUUACGCUAUCUGGAAAAUGUCCUGAUAAUGUAAAAUUGCAAGAGAAUUUUAAACUGGCUGAUUUCUACGGAAAAUGGUAUCAGGCCUACCAUUACUCUAGUGAUGACCAGCACAAUAACAACUGCUCCACACUUGAACUACUGACCAGACCUUCGGGUAUUUAUUUGAACCAAUCUAGGAUAGACUUGGGGCUAUUUCAUCGCUACAGUGUCGGAAAAGUUGAGAUACCCCAAAGAGAAGAGGAUGCUUCAUCGUUAUAUCUUGUGUUUGCAUUCAAAAAUGCUCCGAGACGAUUGAAAAUUCGAAGAUAUCCGUUCCAUAUUCUCGCUACCAACUACAAUUACUAUGCUACUGUUUAUUCCUGCGAAUAUAGCCCGCUUAUUGACAAACACUUCAUCUACGUCUGGAUUCUUUCAAGAAAUCCAAUAUUGAAUGACGUAUCUAAAGAGCUUGCUUCAAAACCACUGCAGUUAAUUGGACUAGACUCCACGAAGCUAUGGAAAGAUGAUAUAAGCAAAUGCACUCCGAAGUACUUUGAAGAUUAUCCAGCUGAACCAACUACUUUCAGGUUUCCCGUUCCUAUUUAG